AUGGCGGAGACGUUCAGCGCGGCCGAGGCGGCCGUCUACGACCGGCAGAUGCGACUCUGGGGCGUUGAGGCGCAGAAGCGGCUUCAGAAUUCACGUGUGCUGGUCAGUGGGCUCACAGCGUUGGGCUCGGAGCUGGUUAAGAACCUCGUGCUGGCUGGAAUGAGUGUGACAUUACACGACUCGCAGACAGUGACACCCACAGCCAUCGCCACGCAAUUCUUCCUGUCCGAUGAAGACGUGGACAAGAAUCGUGCCGAGGCGUGCCUGCCCCGUGUGCAGGAACUGAACCCUCUGGUACAGGUGUCGAGCGAGAUUAAGCCUUUAAACGAGCUCUCCGACGCCUUCUUCAAGCAAUUUACCGUCGUGUGUCUAGUAGGUGCCAACCAGGUCACGGAGCUGCGACUAGACGCGCUGUGUCGUUCGUUGGGCAUCGCUUUCUACUCGGCCAGGACUUUCGGCUUCGAUGGCAUCCUAUUCGCCGAUCUAGGUGACCAUACAUUCCGUCGCAACACUGUAGGAGUCGAUAGUGCACCCAGUGACCCAGUUACAGUCAAGUUUCCAACUCUACAAGAGGCCCAGAAGGUCCAAUGGAGCUCAUUGAACAGCGCCCGUAAACGCGCGCCGCAGCUGCCUCCAGUCUUCGUCAAGAACCAACUGUUACAGGGCUACAAGAGCCACAAAGACGUCAAGGAGCUUACGGACAACCACGCGGUGGACUUUAUUCAGUACGCCAGAGAGCAAUUCCAAGCCAACGGACUGGACGAAGAUUAUCUCUCCCCGGACGAGUUGCAAACGUUGCUACGAGUGGCAGACGCGGAUCUGGUGCCGGUCUGCGCUAUCGUGGCUGGGAUCAUGGGUCAGGAGGUGAUCAAGGCCAUCUCGCAGAAGGACGCGCCGGUCUGCAACUUCUUCUGCUUCGACGGCGUCUUGGGGACUGUGCGGAGAAUCGGAUAG